CAAGGGAACCCAAACUGGGCGUUUCUGUGUGGCAACUCCCACGAAAAAGUUUCUCCAAAACGGCGUCUGCCUCCGAUUUGAAUACACCGAGGACUAAACAGCGAGAAAAUCCUCCUCCACGAACACUAACCCCGGCUGGAAUUCGCCCUUUUUGUCGUUUCGCCGCGCCUGUGUAACCUUUUCGCAUGGAAAGUAUCCAACCGUCUGUCAGCCCGCGUCGUGGUCGACUUGUUGUUUACCCGCCAAGUUAAUAUCGAAUGUCUCCAUAGUUGAAUAUAUUUCACUUAAUUUCACUUUUAAGUUCAAUUCGUUAACUUUGUCUCGGGGGUGAGUUUGGUAUACGAGCUACUUUUUUUUUUAAGGGACCGUCGUCAAAGUCGCGGCGCUCCACGCUUUUCGCCAUUCCCUUACUGCGCCACUUGGAGUGGAAUGGGACGCCUUGAAACCUCCGUGUUUGGCUCUUGAAAGUGCGUGGGGGCGUCCGGGGGGCUCCAUAUUGAAUCAAAGUUGCCAACUCCGGUCACAACAAUGCUGUGAGUUCGGGGUCGCUGUGAAGGCGACGAGUGGGCGAACUUCCCUGCAAGUUGCACACGGUCUGCGGCCGCAAUCCACGGAGUUUUGACGCGGGAGCGAGACAGCGGACGUGAUGGACGACCCGUCCUCGGUCAUCACGCAGGUCAGCCGGGACGAAGACGCAAACAAAGUCGCGGAAAGAGGAGAUCGAGGUUCCACACCCUCGUUGUCCACCAAGAAGCCCCGAAGUGGCGGCUUAUUUUCCAUCUUUUCCUGCUGCCUGUGCCGAGACCAGCAAGAACCUCCGCCGGUGAACAACAACGCCCCCCUGCUAGUCGAGGAGAAUGGCACCGUUUCCAAGGUGAAACCGCUGCUGCCACCAGUCAAGUCCAAAGACUCUGGAAAGGUCUGCGUGGUUAUCGACCUGGAUGAGACGCUAGUUCACAGCUCUUUUAAGCCUGUGAACAACGCAGAUUUCAUCAUUCCCGUGGAAAUAGAUGGAACCGUACAUCAGGUGUAUGUGCUGAAGCGACCUCAUGUAGACGAGUUCUUAAAGAGGAUGGGAGAAAUGUUCGAGUGUGUCCUGUUCACCGCCAGUUUAGCCAAGUAUGCCGACCCGGUCUCCGACCUCCUGGACAAGUGGGGAGCCUUCCGCUGUCGUCUUUUUCGGGAGUCCUGCGUCUUCCACCGAGGAAAUUACGUCAAGGAUUUAAGUCGCCUGGGUCGCGACCUAAACAAAGUCAUCAUUGUAGACAACUCCCCUGCCUCUUACAUCUUCCAUCCUGACAACGCCGUGCCCGUGGCCUCGUGGUUCGAUGACAUGUCCGACACCGAGCUGCUGGACCUCAUCCCUUUCUUCGAGCGGCUAAGCAAAGUGGACAACGUCUACACAGUCCUCAAGCACCAAGGGGCCACAAGCUAACAGAAUUAAGAAGGAAAAAAAAAAAAUACACAUCGAACAAAACCAGCAUGUAAAUCCGACACAAUCAAAGUCCCAUCAGUGAGGGUCCCCACCCAGACUGAGACUCUUCCCAUGCCAGGAAGUCUUCCGUAUUGUUGGCGCCGCCACCUCCUGGUCGAGCAGGAAACGCGCUCUACAUCAGCCUUCCCAUUCCUCAGCUCAGGAAGCGACACCUGCGUGGAUUUUUAAGGACUUUUUUUUUUUUUUUUUGCCUUUUUUCGCGGGCAAUUCCGAGGACUCCAUUGUUCUGUCAGCUGGCAUCCAGAAUGUGCCUUUUUUAAACUUUGCUACAAAAACAAAUAUUUUAGCCACACCUGCCGUGCCACAGAGGUCAAAUGUCACACUUGCUGUAAACUCGGUUGCGUUGGACUGGCUCACUUCCACCUUUUGAGCGAAACUUGAAUUCUUAAGAGGAGCAUAGGAAGUGCAGAACGUCAAUAAGUCCGUCAGGUCGCUAAGCACGUCGUCUUUUUUUCUCUUUUAUUCCCGAAACGGUACACAUAGGCUGGAAACUCAUGCAAAGGUUGCAAGUGUUUCUCUAUUUAAAGCAACAAUCCACUCUAAAACCCAUCUGGAUUCAUUUUGUUGAUUUUUUUUAAAUGACUAAGCGGUGUUGCAAAUGUAGGAACAAAAAUCGUACUGACUUGUUCUUAAAGGCCUACUGAAACCCACUACUACCCACCACGCAGUCUGAUAGUUUAUAUAUCAAUGAUGAAAUAUUAACAUUGCAACACAUGCCAAUACGGCCUGUUUAGUUUACUAAAUUGCAAUUUUAAAUUUCGCGCGAAAUAUCCUGUUGAAAACGUCAGUGACGUCUCGGAUUGUAGCAGAAUUAUCCUUUAAACGCAUAAUUCCACAGUAUUCUGGACGUCUGAGUUGCUGAAUCUUUUGUAAUUUGUUCAAUUAAUAAUGGAGACGUCAAAGAAGAAAGCUGUAGGUGGGAAGCGGUGUAUUGCGGCCGCCUAUAGCAACACAAACACAGCCGGUGUUUCCUUGUUCAAUAAAUCAAUGUUUAUUUAUAUAGCCCUAAAUCACAAGUGCCUCAAAGGACUGCACAAACCACAACGACAUCCUCGGUAGGGCCCACAUAAAGGCAAGGAAAAACUCACCCCAGUGGGACGUCGUGUUUCAUUGUUUACAUUCCUGAAAGAUGACGGUGAAGCUUUACUGUGGAACAGAGCGGUCAAGCGAACAUGGUUUCAGUGAGAAAAUUGUUGUAAUAAGUCGGCUCUUACCGUAGACAUGAGCGGAGAGCUUGCGUCGUUCCUCCUGCAGCUGCGGACUCCCUUGCCUCCUCCCACCGGCCGCCCCCGACCGUCGGAUACUUACACCGCAGAGGAGGGGGAAAAAAAAAAAAAAAUCUCAGCCUGGUUGCCUUCGCCUCGACGAGAAACGUGGCUUCCCUCAGAGACUCUGGUGGUCACCACACCCCUCCGUCCUUCAGGUUGUACAGGUACGACUGUAGAAUCUCAUUAAAACACACAAUAAGCAGAUAAGGGAUUUUCCUAGUAAAUGUGUCUAAUAACAUCUGAAUCGCUCCCACUGCCCUCGUCUUUUUUGUUUUUACUCUAGUCCUUCACUCUCACUUUCCUCAUCCACGAAUCUUUCAUCCUCGCUCAAAUUAAUGUGGAAAUUGUCAAUUUCUCGGUCCGAAUCGCUCUAGCUGCUGGUGGCCAUGAUUGUAAACAAUGUUCAGAUGUGAGGAGCUACACAACCCGUGACGUCACGCGCACAUCGUCUGCUACUUCCGGUACAGGCAAGGUUUUUUUAUUAGCGAUCAAAAGUUGCGAACUUUAUAGUCGAUGUUCUCUACUAAAUCCUUUCAGCAAAAAUAUGGCAAUAUCGCGAAAUGAUCAAGUAUGACACAUAGAAUGGAGCGUUUGAAUAACAAAAUCUUAUUUCAGUAGGCCUUUAAGGUGGAAUUGAACAAUUCCAGAUAUGAGUUGACCCAAGCAGUGUGGCCUCGAAAGACUGCUUUUGAAGAAAAGCAGGGAUGAUCAUUCAACUCAUUUUAUUAUGGUUUUUCUGGGACAGUAUUCAUGUUUUAAGAAGAUCCUGGCAAUCAAAACCCAAGCAUAUCCUCUUUUUUUUUUCCUAAAUAGUGAUUAUUUUUUUUUCACUUUUCAAUGCCAUUCCUCAGCUUUCCAGUAUGCAAAUGAUCAAGUCCAAUGCCAGCAGAAGACUGCAGUAAUAGAACAUUACUGUUAUAGGCACCUAACAGUAAUUAUUUUCUAAUUUGUUUUUCGGGGAGGGUUUUUAUGACGAGGAAUUUGUCUGAAGUCACGACAGGGCUGCUACUGUACCUCACAUGUUCAGUAGAUUUGUGUUUUGCACAGCAACAAAGCAAACGUGUCAUUAAUAUAGCGGGGCAAAUUAGUAUUUGAUACCUGCUGAUGUUGUAUAGCCACUUAUACAUAACAUACAUAGUUUUCUAUGGCAGGAUUAUUUAACAGAAAACACCAAAUAAAGGUUAUGAAAUCA